AAUUCCUAAAAGCACUUAAUCACCGUCCUACAUUAUUUUACAUACUUUUAGAAAAGCAACUCUGUUUCAAACUACCAAUUGAUCGACGACUGCUGAAUGACGUCACUAAAACUAUAAAUGCAAAAUCAAUGAGAAAACAUUUUAGUUGCUUUUCAUUUUGCGCUGAGCGUGGACUUGUAAAUUGAAAUUUGACAGAGCGGUGGGGCGCGCGACGGGCGGUUCCAUCGGAAUAUUUUGAUUUUUCAGGGGCUGUAUUCUGUUAAAACUAGUAUUAGCAGUUGACUAGUCUGGUCGCUAUUUUAACUUCUGAAAAUAUGGCGCUAAACCCACAGUAUUUGGAAAUUGGACAGCAGUUUGCCAAGCAAUACUACACCCUUUUUGACGACCCGAAUUGCAGAGCUCAGCUUGUGAACCUCUACAGCCCCGACCAAAGUCUGAUGAGCUUCGAAGGCUCCCAGCACCAGGGAGCACAGAAGAUUAUGGAGAAGUUUGCCGCGCUGACGUUCACCAAGAUUCAGCACAUCGUCACCACUGUCGACUGCCAGCCCAUGUUCGAUGGAGGCAUCCUCAUUAACGUCGUCGGACAGCUCAAGACGGACGACGACCCCGUGCACGGCUUCUCUCAGACGUUCGUCCUCAAACCAGUGCCCACCGGCCAGGGCUUCUUCUGCCAGCACGACUGUUUCCGGCUCGCCAUCCACAAUGUCUAGUUCGACUGUCGGCCGCCAGUGGCGCUGUGCUCGCUCGGCACCGCUCGCCGGGUCAGGCGCCAGGACCUCUGAGGAGAUCGGGAGGGGGAGGGAGUGUUGGUCGCGGCUCGCCGGCGCCGCGACCGGCUGUGAUGCUACCGCUGCUGCCCCCGAGCCCAGCCAGUGCCCGCGGCGCCGGCGCCCGGCCAGCGCCGCGCCGCGGGCCCGGAUAACGCCCGCCAGGGAUAACCGACGAAUGCUUCAGGGAGCACGCUGAGCGUCUCACCAGUAGAGUCGGAAGGCUGACAAAAGCUGCCUGUUCUUUCCUUAUCGCUGUCUGCCCUUUUAUUACAUUGUGCCUUUGUGUGAAGUUCGGCUGGUUUGUGUCUAGCACGGAGCGGUCAAGUACGCUGUAGUUAGGUGCUCGCGCUGCGCCGGUGCGGUCCUGGGACGGCGGGGAGCGGCCGCCUGUCUCUGUGCCCGCCCGCCCGGCUCGCCGGUCUGUCUAGCAGCUGUUCAAAAGUGCGGGGAAAUCUCGUUAGCUCAGACCCGUGUGACGCUGAACCUGACCAGUGGCGGGUGCCGUACCCGUGUCGUCAGCUCGAUGCCAACCAUGACUGACUCGAGUCACCGGCGGCGGAGUGACUCGAGUCAUCAGCGGUGCAGUGGCUCGAGUCAUUGGCGGCGGAGUGACUCGAGUCACCUGCCAUUUCCAUCGGGCGUAGCGCGUGGGGUCGUUAAGUGUACUUACCUGCUCUGUGUAAUAAACACAUGUGUUACGCGGCG